CAUCUAAAAUAGGCUUUGCGGUCGCGACUUCGCUUCUUUGGUUUCAUACUGGCGAAUUUGGGAGUCUCUCUCUAAAGAAGCAGCGUCGCCGCCUCUUUCUCUCUCUCCAAUCGUAUCGCUUCAUCAUCGGUAAGCCCUUUCAAACUCAAUCUCGUAUGAGAGAGCACGAAAGAAUUAUUUACAGUUUCUAGGGCUUUUGAUUCAUUUUUAUAGCGUAGUUCGUAUUCGACUUCUAGGGUUUCGCUCUCGCUUCCCCUCUAUCUCUGUUUAAAAUUCGAGUUUCACUGCACGAAAAGGGAUGAUACUUGAAUAGGUGCAAACUGUUUCACCUGUUUAUUUGUCAUACUGUUAUCAGAUCUGUGUUUGGUUUAAUCUAGGGUGUCGCAUCGUCUUUUCUGAAAUUUGCGUUCGAAAAUUAUUAAAAAAAGGAAAAAAAAAAUUGAUUUGAAGUUCUGAUUUGGUAUUUUUAGUGUUUAGGCUUAAUUAGUUAAGUAAUUUUAGGGUUUCUUUUUAAUCUUUUGCUCGGGGAGUUAGAGCGUUAGAUUCAGAUAUAUAUGGCGGCAGGAAAGCAUGGAGGUUAUCGUGAUAAUGACACGAGGGACCAUGAGUCUGAUUUUGAUGUUUCAAGGAGGGAUUUUGCUUAUCCAAAGGGAGAGUAUUAUCGAAUUAGGAAUGGUGAUCGUGGCUAUGAGCUGAAUCAGGUUCGUGGACGUGGACGGGACUUGAGAGAUAGGGUUAGGGUUAGGCAGAGGGAUAUUAAAGAGAGGGAAGUAAUGAAUGGUGAUUACCACUCUACUUCGAGUAGGAGUGAUUCAGGCAGCAGUGGAGGCGGUGGCGGUGGUCCAAGGCGGUGUGGAUUUUCAGUUAGGACUGUGGACCGAGAGCCUGGUGAAUUGUCGAGUGAAAGUGGGUCUGAUGAGGCUAUUGAUUCCAGAUCGCAGGUUAAAGAUAAUGAAGCUUUGAAGUUAGAAAAUGGGACUCAGUCUCCUUUAGAAAGUAAGAAGAGGAAGUUUUCUCCAAUUGUUUGGGAUAGAGAUGAUAAUGAAGUGAGCAAUUCAUCUAAGAGCAGAAGUGUCCCACCAACUACUGCUCUCCCUCCCCUUCCGCCCCCCAAGUCCUACCAGCUGUCACCCAACCUUAUUCCGGAAGGUCAUGUAAAAAUAUCUCCCACAAAAAAUAGUAAGCUUCAGAGCUCAGAACAUUCGGUUAAGCCUAAUGAGGCCUCUGGAUUGAACGUGUCUGCUGCAUCUGAAUCCCCAGUAGGUUUAUCUUUUUCUCCACCUCAAGAGCAGCUCUGGAGUAACUACCAUGAGGCAGGGCAAUUAGAAGAUGAAGAUAAUGUAACAGCACGGAAUAUAUCAGCCUCUCGAUGGGCAGAUGAUGCCAAUUCUCCUGCCGAUGAAGGUGAGAUCUUAGAUGAUGAACAAAGGCCUAAAAGGAGGAAGCUUAUGCCCCUUUCUGACUCAGUUGAAAAGAGGGUGCGGAGUAAAUCACCGAGUCCUGAGAUUGCAGAGCUUAAGAGAGAAAGUUCUGAGGGAACUAGGGCGAGGUCAUCUGAAUCUGAUGAAGGAGGUCUCCGUGUUAGAUCUUCCAGUAGAGAUGAUUACCAUGACGAUGAUUUGGACCAGAAUAACUACAUGGAGAUAGAUGAGGAACACAAUAACAGUGGUACUAGUGUUAGUGACUCAGAUACAGAUACUGAGGAUGAACGUGGUUCUCAUGAUACACCGGAGCCUGCAGUCCCUCCACAAAGAAGCGUAAACAUGCUUCAGGGGUGUAGAAGUGUUGACGAGUUUGAGAGACUGAACAAGAUAGAUGAAGGCACUUAUGGGGUUGUUUACAGAGCAAGAGACAAAAAAACAGGAGAAAUUGUUGCACUGAAAAAGGUCAAGAUGGAGAAAGAGAGAGAAGGUUUCCCUCUGACUUCUUUGAGGGAAAUAAAUAUACUUCUUUCUUUUCAUCACCCUUCAAUUGUUGAUGUCAAGGAAGUUGUAGUUGGGAGCAAUCUUGAUAGUAUUUUUAUGGUAAUGGAAUACAUGGAACAUGAUCUUAAGGGACUAAUGGAGACAAUGAAACAGCCUUACAGUCAGAGUGAAGUUAAAUGCUUAAUGCUUCAGCUAUUGGAGGGUGUCAAAUAUCUUCAUGAUAACUGGGUGCUUCAUCGCGACUUAAAGACGUCAAAUCUGCUUUUAAAUAAUCGGGGUGAGUUGAAGAUCUGUGAUUUUGGGUUGGCUCGUCAAUAUGGUAUCCCAUUGAAACCAUACACUCAUUUGGUGGUUACUCUAUGGUACAGGGCACCCGAACUUUUGUUGGGAGGAAAACAAUAUUCAACAGCGAUUGAUAUGUGGUCACUGGGUUGUAUUAUGGCUGAACUGUUAUCAAAGGAACCACUUUUCAAUGGGAAAACAGAGUUUGAUCAGCUUGAUAAGAUCUUCAGAACACUUGGCACACCGAAUGAGACAAUUUGGUCUGGGUUCUCAAAGCUUCCUGGAGUCAAGGUGAACUUUGUCAAGCACCAGUAUAAUUUGUUGCGUAGGAAAUUCCCUGCUACAUCUUUUACCGGUUCACCAGUUCUAUCUGAUUCGGGAUUUGACUUGUUGAACAAGUUUCUAACUUAUGACCCCGAGAAGCGGAUAACAGCUGAAGCUGCUCUUAACCAUGAGUGGUUCCGUGAAGUUCCUCUUCCCAAGUCUAAGGAUUUUAUGCCUACUUUUCCUGCUCAACAUGCCCAAGACAGGCGUAUGCGAAGGAUUAUGAAGAGUCCAGAUCCUCUGGAAGAGCAACGUCGGAGGGAGUUGCAGCAAGGGGAAUCAGGGACAGGUGGUUUGUUUGGCUAAUGGGAAAUAAUGGGUGCUUAGAAUCCCUCUAUCUCCAUGCUCCACUUCUCUUCUGUGCUCACAAUUUGACAUGGAUGAGGUGAGAGCCGUGUACUGAAAGGAUGUUGCGAACAUUGUUUGCAAAUCGAUCAUUCAUGCUGUUUUUUAGCAGGCACCCUUGAUGAUCUGGGUGGAGAAACAUAUUCUUUUGCCUCUGCAUGCGAAUCAGAUUUGUUGCAGGUUGAGUUGGUUCUCCAUCUUGGCCGGCUGUUAUAUAGAAAUGCUUCUGUGACAGUGCUUGCAUCGCAAGGUGUGGCAAAAUGGCCUUCAUUUUAGAAACAGUUUGAGUUGAAACUUGUGUAUGUAACAUAUAUCAUUGUCACAUUGUAAACAAUUCUCUUAAAAUUUGGUUUGAAUACCACAACAGUACGGAUUUUUAUUGCCUA